UCAGAGAUGACCGGACAGGAGCGAACCUUGGCUACCUUACUACAGCAGGCCUUCCAGAUCAAAGAGGACAUGGUCAGCAGCCUACGUGCUACCCAGGGAUCUGUUCUAAUGGAGGCGUCUGCAAGGAAACUUCUAGAGAACCAUGUUCAGACCAUCACACAUAUCGUCAAACAGCUCAGCAAGGACAUUCAGGUGCUGGAGUCUCAGAUUGUUCAGAGGGACGGUGUAGCAUCAGGGACAAGGUUUGCAGUUCAAAUGCUGGAUCACAAGAACUUGACUGGCAUUGGAGACCUCCGGGGCAGAGUGGCCAGGUGCGAUGCUAGCAUAGCUCAGCUGUCAGGUGAUGUCAAAGCUAGAGAGCUGGAAAUCAUGAAGCUCCAAAGGGAAGUUGGUGAGAUGCGGUCUGGGAUUGAGCUGCGACUCCGAGACAUGGAUCUUAAGAUUUCACAGUCACUUGGAAGGUUGGAGGCUUCACAGUCAGAGCAGACUGCAUCCCAGAAGAAUACUACAGCAAACCUACAAAGGGACAUCCAACAACUUGAAACCAAAACAUCCAGUGAUCUGAAGGAGCUGGAGGAGGAAUCAGCCAGGCUCAGGAGGUGGACAGAGCAGCAGCUGAGCAGCACAGCCCAAACACACACAGAGGACAGCCACCAGCUGCGCGCACUGCUACAGGACAGAGUGGAGGACAUGGAGGUGAAGCUGAAAGCUCAUGUGGAUCUCCUCUCUGCUCACGUGGAGCGCUUGGAGAAGCAGCUGGAGAAAGAGCAUUCUGCAGAUCGGGUCAAACGAUCAGAGAGCAAACUUAGCAGCAGGAUCGACAAUCUGGAGAAGAGCUUCCGAGAUGAACUGGAGCAGAUGAGGAGAGAGUAUCAGUCAGGGUUCCAGUCGGCCCUGGAUGCCAUCGCUUCCUUGAGGCACAUUGGUGAUGCCAAGGCCAAACUAGACAAAGGAGAACUGAAGAAAGACAUCAGACAGAUUCGGAGAAAAAUGGCAGCACUGCCAGAUGCCUGA